UUACCUGUUUACUUUGUGUGGUGCAAAGCACACAUGGUUGUAGAGCACUAGUUAGUUCUCUCAAAUCAAGUUAGUCCAUCAUUAGCCGACAAAAACCCUGGCCUUGGAACAGAUGAAGACAGAGUAAUCGAACGACUUUGAUAUGGGCAGCGCCGGAUCUGAUUGGACGCAGAAACCACGAGCUCCCUGUGAUGUUUUUGUAGUACACGGACCACACGGACCACGAGCUCUGAUGUAGCAGUGCAAUAACGGCGAGACGGUUGAAACUAUUCAAAUAGCGAAAUCAAUGCAAUAGCUGCUAGUGUGAUGAUAUACAUUUAAUCUUAAAUGAGAAUAUAGUAACUUAUCAACCUCUGCUCAUAUCUUGUUUUUGUUUUCGUACUGUAAAUAUAUAUAUUUUUAAACAUGCGUGCGUUAAGUUUAGGUUAAUGUGUAAAUGUUACUGUUAGCUGCUUUUGUACAAAACGUUAAUGUUACUUAGGGUACAGUAUCAAAGAGCGUUAAUGGUACAGACUGUCAAAGAGCCUUUGUUCGAUUGUAACAUCUUUCUCUGAAGUAAUGGGUUCUAAGUUAACCAGACAGAGUAGUCUGGACCACAUAGAAACCACAUUUUCCAAGAAGAGAAGCGAGCGGCAUGACAGCUCCGCGGAAGCCGAGAGGAGUGGAGGUAGGGGUGGUGGAGAUUUCUUGUUUACAUCCAUGAUGCUGAAGUCUGACAAGCUCCCAGGGAUGCUGCGGAAAAACAACCAUAGCCCCUACGUGAGAAGGGUGGCAUGGAUCCGGGAAAUACAGAAGCUUCUCCGUGAACAGAAACAAGAAGAAGCAAUCGAAGUGCUCAAAUUACUGAGAAAGGACUUGGGACUUCAAGGGACAUCUCUUAAUGAUAUCCUCUACAAGAAUGCAGCCUUUCUAAACCUGGUGGAUCCAAUCUCCCAUGAGCUGCUCCUCAGCCUAGCCAAAGACAUGCAGUGUCCAAAGAGGGAGACAGACACCCUGAAGUCUUCUGACAAGAUCUGCAGACAGCUGAUUUUCCACCUGACCCCUCACUCCAAGUGGAUGAGACAGAGCGUGCCCAGGAGGAAGUCGCAUGCCUGUCUCAAAACCACCCUGAAGAAGAAGCUGACCAGCGACGUGGUCAACCUAUCCGGUAUCCCUCUGUCUGGUCGUGACGUCCACCGGGUGGCCUGCUACCUGCAGAGCUACAGCGACACCCUGUCAGCCGUGGACCUCAGCUUCACCGAGCUGCAGGACGAGAGCCUGCGCCUGCUGCUGCCCUGCCUCGGGUCCAUGGCCAAACUCACCACCCUGGCCGUCAACGGCAACUGUCUGACGGUGGGCGUGUUGAAAGACCUGACGGAGGUGGUGAAAAACCCCCGGCAGUUCCCCAGCCUGGCCUGGGUGGACCUGGGCAACAACGUGGACAUCUUCACUGUCCCACAGCCCCUCCUGGUGGCCCUGCGCAGACGCUUCGGCCUCCGGAGCAGCCUGCCCACCAUCCACGAGUACAGCGAGGCGCAGGCCUACCGCGGUUACGCCCUGGAGUCUUCGGUGGAGGAACCCAGCCUGUGUGAAGAGGAGGAGGGGGGAGAGAGAGAGGAGGAAGAAGAUGGCCUGGAGCCGGAGGCUUGGGGCGUCGGGGGGGGGGGGGGGUGUCCGCAAACGUGGCUCCGCGCUGUUAUGAGAGGUGACGGGUCGGAGUCAGUGCCGCCCUGGAGCGUUGUGGUUGGACAGUCCUUUGUACCCUUCUGUACCCUCACCUGCCCCCAGGCCUUGCCUACCCGUGUCAGCAUGCGUCACGGCAGCGGGAGAAGCUAGCGGCCACCGAAACGUGUCGAACAACCAGUAGGAGAAGGCACGCCGUUGUGUUGUCCUUUUGCAUGUACCGAUUGACCUCCUGCGAGUUUGCCAAUGCGUUGCUACAGACGUUGGCCGUGCAGACAGUGCAGUGACAUCGGUAACGCGUCCUCCUGUGGAUGUCGUUCUUCACGAGCAAAGCAAUCGUACGGAACAGGGACAAGACAGGUUUGAUUUCCUCUGACUGUUGUGGAGUGCCAGAGUCAAGUGGUUCCUUCCUAAUGUGAGGAGGUAUGGUGAUCUCCACGUAGCCCAUGCUGAUUGACGUGAGGGUUGGUCCGCGUGGGUUUUAUUGCACGACACACACUAUUGACCGAACGCUGAUUUCAGAACAGAUGGUUUCAGUCAUACAUCCAACAGAACUCCAUUUAACCAAGAGGAGUUUUUCUUUUGCAAGUAGAGCGUCCCCGCGGAGGCUGUGUACCUCAGAGGGUGCCUCAGCCGUUGGGUUGGGGUCAGGUUGCCCUGGGCUGGAAGCUGGGGACAGGCCACGCAGUCUGUCUGUCCGGCAGAAAGAGAUGAAGUGAGGUCAUGUUUGGAGUGACCGGACACAGAUGGUAGAGGGAAGAACAAUUUGUUUCUCAUAGCAAAACAUGGUUAUCUCUCCACGAUACAUGACAAUCGAUUUGGGAAUUGUGCCAUAAAGAAAUAAAAUGUACCCCACCAUUUUCAGUGAACAUGCACAGUAUUGAGAUGUUGGAUGAUGAAUUUGUUUGAAAAAGAACUGUGGAUAGGGUUGUCAGAAUACGCAUUUUCCACAUAAACAUCUGUUAUUUUUGAUGUUCUGUUCAGCGUUCAUCUUGAACUUUAUUUUGUAUUGUUUUUCCAAACCGACAUGACUGUUUACUGCAGCUCAACAACAGAAAGAUAACAUUAUACUGGAAUUAUUUCUUAUUGUGUUUUUUGUGUUGUUGUACUGGUUUAUGCACCUUUGUGGUUUUAAACAUGGGCCUGUGUUCACAGUAUUUGGUAUGUAGAGUGUUUAGGACAACUCUAAACCUACCUGAUGUUUUAAACAUGGGCCUGUGUUCACAGUAUUUGGUAUGUAGAGUGUUUAGGACAACUCUAAACCUACCUGAUGUUUUAAACAUGGGCCUGUGUUCACAGUAUUUGGUAUGUAGAGUGUUUAGGACAACUCUAAACCUACCUGAUGUUUUAAACAUGGGCCUGUGUUCACAGUAUUUGGUAUGUAGAGUGUUUAGGACAACUCUAAACCUACCUGAUGUUUUAAACAUGGGCCUGUGUUCACAGUAUUUGGUAUGUAGAGUGUUUAGGACAACUCUAAACCUACCUGAUGUUUUAAACGUGUGCCUGGGUUCACAGUGUGUGUGCUAUGUAGUGUUUUGAACAAUUCUGACUGAACCUACCUGAUGUCCUCUACAAACAAAUGAGUUUACUUGUUUGCACUUUAAAUGUAAGUACAAGUCAAUCACGUCACACAUAUCCAACUGAAGAUCCACUAGAAUGGAGCAGUCCUGAAUUCAAACCACUGUAGUCAUUACAGUAGGACUUCAAACAUACUUCCGCUCUACUUUUCCCAACUCGGUCUACAGUAACGACAGUUCUUUUUUAAAACAAUGGAGUAUAUAUAAUGAUUGUUCUUGCUUACUGUAACAAAAUAAAUACAAUGUACAAUUCAAUUC